AGGCCUAGCGGGGUUGGGCAUUUGCUCCCGUAGCGCAGGGGAAGGAGGCGCCCGAGUAUUCACUCUAAGGUCCCGAUUGGCACCGCUGCCGAGCGCCUUCUUUUCUAGAGCUCCCGGCCCGCUGCAAUUGGAGAGAGGGCUGUCCCGCUCAUCCGAAGUACUUGGUGUGUGGGUGGCCGGCGACUAAGAUCCAGAUUCCAGCAUCCCGUGGGACCUGAUCCCCUCGCGCCGCCGAAGGUUACGCGACUUCACCUCCUCGCACAGGCUGGGCUUCUGUGACCCAGCAUGCACUGCUUUCUCAGGCUCCGCAACCGUUCCAGAAUGCGCCGUUCUGGGCUCAUGGGGGAGGGAAAGCGGUGGUGGGAAAGCAUCCUCAACGGUGCUGGCCUGCUCCAGAUAACGCAGGGAAGGGACGAGGAGCGUGGGGAUUUCCCAGCCUGAUCAUCUAUCUCCACGGCAGCAGCAGCAGCAGCAAUUGCUAAAGCAUAGGGAAAAAAAUUCCCUAUCCUAAAUCAGAUACUUUUUCUGACUUGUUAAUCCACUACUAAGGGCAAGAACUUGGCACCAGCAAGCAGGGUUUUCAAAGACUUAAUGCACCCAGGCACUAUUGUCAGUGGACAUCAGCCCCUCCAUCUUUUUGCAUUACUUGCUGCAGAACAACUGACGAAGGUAAUUGAGUAUAUGACCAUUCCUAGAUAUGGACUAGCAAGCCCAUUCAAAGGACAUUUAAGUACAAAAAGUAAUGCUUUCUGCAUUGACUCCUCCUCCUGCAGACUCAGUAAUCAGUACUUCAUCAGGGAUCACAUGGCUGUUCACUACAAUAAAAUACUUUCAGCCAAAGCUGCUAUAGACUGUUCAUUACCAAAAAGCAGAUUAAAUAGCAUAAAAUUUUCAGAUCAGCAACGAAGAGAGAAACUGAAGAAAGAGGUAAAAAAAUGUGAAAAAGAGAUGAUUUCAUCUCAACAGGUAUCCCGAUCUAGUUCCAGGGAGAGUAGAAGACUGCUAUCUGCCACCUAUAGGAAACCUACCCCUACACAGGAUUCAUCAGAACCAGAAGACAAGGAACCCUUAAGGACACCAUGUGAACAGCAGUAUGGGUUGGGCUCCCUAUUGACUCCAGAGAGGCAAAGCGCAAUCCUUCAAAGUAAAGAAACAAAUAACAAAAAAGCUGGUCUGAAAAUUUCCAACUUCUCAGUUGAAAGCUCAGGCUCCAGCAUUUCAAGCCUACAAAAGUUACAUUCUAGAGUUUCCUGUAGUUCUUCUGACACUUCAGCAAGCAAAAGUUCUUCAAAAGCCCAAACUCCUGACUCCAAAGCAUGCAGUGGGGAUCUCCUCGACAAGCAUUCCCAACAUUUUACCAAUGGUCAGCAGCCGUUCACUCCAAGGACUUUAAAGUCGGAUGCGAAAUCCUUUCUUUCACAGUACAGAUACUACACCCCAGCGAGAAGGAAAGUAAGGGAGAAUCUAAGGCAACAGAUGGAAGCAGAAACGCAGACCGAAAUAAGCAGUUUUCAAGCUGAAUCUGAAGCAUCUGAAAAAGAAAAUGUGCCUAGUUUUCAGAAGAUCACGAAGGAGGUAGAAGAUCCCAGGUUUUCUAAUGAACAGAUGUUUGAUGAAAUGAAAACUAUUUCUCAGUUAUCCUCUCCAAGAGCAAUUUCUCCAUGUUCUGUUGAGUCCCCAACCAUGAGGAAAAUCCAAGCUGAAGAAGAAGAACUGCAAUAUUUAAAUUUUAUUCAGGACAUAACAGAUGAAAUUCUGAAACUUGGAUUAUUUUCCAACAGGGCUUUGGAAAGAUUGUUUGAACGUCACAUAGAAUUAAACAAAAACCAUUUAAAUAAGAACAAAAUGCGCCACCUGCUGGAGAUUCUAAAAGUUGACUUGGGCUGCGACAGGGAGGAAAAGUCUGCCGGAGUGUCCGAUGCAUAUAGACAUUUACAGAAUGAAUCAGCAGAGCACCUUCAACUUACCAGUAUAUCCCAGAGCAAAGUGUCAAAAAGUGAAGAGCUUUUAAAUGCGAUGGAUUUAAUAACAAGUGACCUCACUGUACACAAUGAUAAAUUACAGAAAGUAGAAGACCAGGAUGCAAUUUCUCAGGAUAUCAAGGAAUUACUGAACAUUGAGCUGAAUCCCCCAUCCAUGAAAACUGAUGAAACUCCAGAUACCACAUGUCCAUUGCCACCAACAUGCAAUUCAACCACCUGUGAUGCUGACCUUGAAACAAGUGAAUCUGAGAGAGAAGUUGAUGAACUGAAAGAAAGCAUGACAGAACCCAUCUCUUUGAUCAGGGCCCAGGAGUAAACAACUAGCAGCAAAGCACCAAACCGGGCAGUUCAUCUAGUCAGCAAUGCAGAGAUCUGAACUUUGAAAAUUAAAUAAAAUGCUAGCAAAUCAGCCUUUUAAUACUUUUUGUUUGCAAAUGGGCUUGAAAUAUUAGAAGUCAGACUUUUUUGAACAUUGUAAGAAACAAUAGACAAAAUUGGAAUGUGUAAGGUUUUUAACUGCAGAAAAGACUAGGCAUAUAGUUUGGGGCAUAAUGUUUAUUUUAAAGGCAGUAUAUUUAUCAAAAUGCACUUAUAAUAAUGAAUAUAAAAUUUGCAGGAGUAAAAACUGUCUCUGAAUUAAUAUGCCUGCCCUUCUAAAUUCUUUUCCAAAUAGAUAUACAUUUCUCAUAUCUGUGCAGAUAUCUGGUGCAGCCUGCUGUUUAGUGAACCAGGAUUGUUUUGUCUGAUUUUAACAGAGAAGCAUCCUUUGCAAUGCAGUAUUCAGAUGAAGGAUUUAUCCUUUCAUCUUUUAAAGCAUGGAUCAGUUGAUAGAACCUCUGACUUACCAACAAUGGACGAUCACACAGUCAUAGUGUUAACUAGUUGUCUGAUGUCUCCUUUCACUUGCGGCUGACAGGAUAAAAUGAACUCACUGCUAUUUGCAUGAUGAUAUUAGUUCUAUAUCAGGGAUGUUUGAUAUACUGAUCACUCAAGCCUUUAGACAAUAGUCCAAAUGCAAGCAGUGUGUUUCAUUGUGUAAUUGGUAACUCUCUUCAAGUAGGCUCAAUAAUAAAGUUCCCAUUACAUAAAACCGGAAGACCUUGAAAACUUCAGUUGUUAGAUUUUAAUUUCCACUCACAAGUAUCAUGAAGAGAGAUUGCACAACCAGACAAAUGCAGAAUCACACAAGUGUACCUAUGUACAUGCAUGCAACACUAUGAUAUAUAUAUAAAAUGAAUGGAGCUUCUAUCACAGUAGUGUGAUGCUUUCAAGUAAGGGAUCUAUUUGAAGGUGGGCUGCAAAGAGUUAAAUUUUGUUCUUGUGGCAAAGUGUCAUAGCAAAUUUUUUUUCUAGAAAGCAUCCAAAAAUGACACACAAUACUCUUCGUUGAAUGAAUUAUGAAAAUAGUGUCCACCUAUUGACAGAAUAGGAAAAUAGUUAUGUUUACCCCAUUUUCAUUCAAAAGCUUUAUAGAAGAAUAUAUAUUUUAAUGUAGUUGCUCACAAACUGACAACCUAAGGGGCAUGAUCCAAAAGCAAAUGGAAAUGAUGAAACAGAAAAUGGUAAUAUGAUUUUCUAAAGUUGGUUGAUUUCUUACCCAAACUAGCUUAAAUAGAAACUUUAGAAAAAAGAGACUAAUACUAGUCUCUUGGCAAAGGAGCUUAAAUGGCCUAUGUCUUUUCUCUUACAUCUUCUGUAGCUGGAUGAAAUGAGCAUAGCUAGCUGGUUUUGGGUGAAAAGAGAUUGAGUUAAGGGUAAGCAAAUAAUGUGACCAUUUUGAACCCAGUUGGCAUUUUUGUCAGACUCAGAUAUAUGAAUGAGCUGAGUUGACAACAUUCUUAUAUUUAGAAAUCUGCUGUUUGACUGGAAAGCAGCUGUUUUCUCAAAUGAACUUUGAAGUGCUAAAUUUACUAUAGAAAUAUGGUACCCACUUUAGAACUACUAUUAAUCAUCUCAACUGAAGGACUCCAAAAAUAGUCAUUAACAAAUAAUCAUCUCAACAAAAGAUCCAAAAAUAAUAAUCAUUAACAAGCUCUUUGGCAUCCCCUUUUUUUUUAAAAAAAAAAUCCUUUCCCACUUGCUUUGUUCAUUAAAUGCAGAUAUUUUGAAAAUAUAUAGCACUGUAAAUAAUACCAGGAUGCAAUGUUAAAGAUGAGAGAUGUUGGUUUAAAUUUGGUAUUUGCCAAAGGGAUAAGUAAUUUUGGACUGCAACUUACUCAGAAAUGGAAGCACUGUGGUGUUUUGCUUUAUAAAUUGGUUUGCUCAGAAGAAACCUUUUCCCUGAAUAAUACAAAAACGUUUUGCAGCCAUGCCCUUCCUCCUACAAGGCUUAUGUGUUUAUGACUCUUCAUAUCUCAAAUGAGGGAAGGAAUGCAUCAUCUCAGCCCCAGGGAGGAAGUGCAUUUUUGAUAAGAAAUUAAAGGGGACAAACAUGCCUAGAAAUCAUCGUCGUGGUCAGUCAGUAUUUUGAAAAUACCUCCAUCUAUUUGGGGGGGAGGGUGUAAGCCAGUUUCAGAAAGCUUGAAAAUAGGAACAAUUUGGAGCAGUAGGUGCUCUUUCAUCACAAAUAUGGUCCAAACUCUAUCCACCUUAUUUGAACAGUUCUGAUUAUUUGCCAUUUCUCAAAAUAAAAGUUAAAUGAGUGUGCCUGUGGAUCAGGAUUCUGCCUUGUAAGGUAAGCAAAUUCUCUGGUAAUAAUCUACCCCCCCCCUUCAAAGCUCAAGCUGUUAUUACAGGGCAAAGGACUUAGAUUACCCCAAUAUUUUUCACUCAAUUGACUGUGAAUAGUUGAAUUUUGAAUAAUCAAAGGAAACUCUCGACGUCUAUCAAUCUUGACUGAAGCAGGACCAGCAAUUUAGAGAUUUCAGAUAGAUUUGGUGGUAUUUUCAUAUUCCACCUAGAUUGUCUUCAGAACAACACGAUGCUUUGUUGAGUCUCCUGAUGAUUCAUAAAUUGUUUUCAGUAUGGGAAUAUAAGGAUUGGUAGAUACCUUGAAGAUCAUCUAGUCCAGGUGUUUCCAGCUCAUAGUCCACAUGUCACAUGUGGCCCUGGACAGCUAGUAUACAGCCCCAUAAGACCCCCCAAAAUAAAGGAAGUUUGUUAUAUGCAUUAUCUAUAUUAUAUAUUUUAUAUGCAAUCCAAGACAAUUCUUCUUAACUCAAUGCAGUCCAGGCAAGCCAAAAGGCUGGACAUGCCUGAUGUAAUCUAAUCUGCUCUGUACAGAAAUUACUGUAGGAUACUACUUCUGUAGUAUGAAUGCCUGCAACUAAAUACUUGAUCUAAAAUGUCACGCAACACCAUUGGGAAUUGUAAUAAACAACUUUAUGCAACAUGCUUGAAGGUAUCCUCUUGGAUUAUGAAAUGGAUUGAUUUUUACAUUGUAUUCAGUAUUAUUGUUUCUACGUCCAAAAGAUCAGUAUUCAAUAAAGUUAUGGAACAACUCA